UUGCGCAUAGCCGACGAAAAGGAAUAGGCACAAAAACAAAGUUUUCAUAAGCGGAAAUACUGAGUUAAAUGAGUCCUUAAGCCAAACCAAUUGGAACUUGAGAAUGAAUAACCAUCUGCGGGAGGAUCUGGAGGCGAAGCUAGUGAGGACCAAGGAACGAGAUUACCCUGCUAGCCAUGUAGAUGCAGUGUAGAUACCCGGGAGCAAAUUGAGAUACAGAUACACACACCGCUAGAAGAAUCAAGAGCACAUCCUGCCGUCCGCCAUGAAGGUGUUUCGGCUGCGUCUGGUCAAGGUGCUCCUGCUGGGAUUCCUGCUGGCCAAUCUGGUGUUCUUCUACUACACCUGGAACACGCUGCUCUGGCGCCGGAUUAGUAGAGCGCUCUCUGGGGAAUCAGCUGCACCGGAGGAGCCGCCAAAGCCGGCCAAGCUAUCGCCCAAGGAUAAGGUGCGCAAUGCCAACAAACACAUCCGGAAGUCCAUCACCAUUGUAUUCUACGGCCACUACAACUUCGAGCAGGAUCUGAGGGCCAGCAUCGAUAGCAUCCUGGACGUGAUACCCAACAUGCCCAUCAUGGUGCUCCAAGACGGCGGUGCCGAGUAUGCCUAUCCGCCGGUCAACUACGAGCGGAAUCUCACCGCUGGAGAGGAGCGUUCCGUGGUGUUCCAGAGUCUGGCCUUUGACGUGCGGCACACGCGGCAGGAGCUUAAUCCCCUGGCCGCCAUUCGUACCAAGUACGUCCUCAUCAUGCCGGACGGUGUGCGACUGAGCAGCAAGAACCUCCUGCAGAAGAUCCUGCGCGAGAUCAACUCCCUGGGGCUGCCAGGACAGCCCAAGGAGCAGCGGCCACCCGUUCCGCCGGAGGAGCCGGUACGCCGGAUGGUGCUGGUCCCCUUCGCCGGCAACCUCAAGUCCUUCAGCACCUGCGUCAGGAUGACCCUAGAUCUACCGGACUGGACGCUGGAGCUAGUGGCCACCAAUGACAGCAAGCGAUGUGAUUUGUUCCUGCAGAAGCACGCAAUCCUGCUAGAUGCGUCCGUUUUGGGAGCGAUGCCCGAGCCCUUUACCCUGCCCUUUCCGGAAAUGCUCUACAUGCAGGCCAAAAUUGCCAAUUUGUCGACCACUGUGUUCCCGCAAGCAUUCCAGGAGGGCCGACGUCUGUUCGCCUCGUUUCACACCAAACAGCGGAGGAUGGAUCUGCGGAGGCGGCAGUUCCGGGAGAUGUACAAGAAACUGCAGAUCAAGCGGAUCGUGAGGCGGGCCUACAGGGUUCCCGGAAAGGCACAGGCGAGGGAGGUGUGGGGCCAGGGCCACGGCUUGGUCCUGGAUGGCCAGUUCUCGUCCUCGAACACCUCGCUGCCCCUCAUCACCGACAUCGAUUUGUUCGGCUGCGAACGGACAACCAAGUCCUGCAUCGGGAGUGUGUAUAACGAAAGGCCCUACUACUCCUACCUGGGCAAGCACACACCACCCUGCUGCCUGGACAAGCUGAGGACCACAUUCAACCACGUCCUGGAGGAGUUCGAGAACGUGGGGAUCCGCUACUGGCUGGACAACCGGGCCCUGCAGAGCGCCAUCGAAACGAACCACCUUUCUCCGGAUGCCUACGACAUCGACAUCAGCUUCAACGUCCAGGACUUGGAGCGAUCCAAUGCGAUGAAGAAGUCGCAGAGCAAGCCGUACGUGGACAACGAGGGAUUCUACUGGAUAAAGGCCACCGAUGGUCACUAUUUCCGCGUCCAGUUCUCAAAGCCAAACCAGGUGGGCGUCAAUCUGCUGCCCUAUUCCAUCACGGGAACGGAGGCUCGGGCCAACGGAUUCUUCGGCUGGAAGGCCACAACCUUCUCGGCGGACUACCUCCAUCCGAUGUCCACGGUGCUCUUCCUGGGCAAAAGCGUAAUGUGUCCCAACAAUGUGCUCGAGUAUCUGGAGGAAAAGCACAUCAAGGUCAGGUCCGCUGACUUGGAUGCGGAUGAAGAUUAAACAAAGUUAGUCUAAAAGCCCGUCUUUACAACACAAAAAGCCAUGAACUUAACAAAAAGUGUCUGUGAAAAUUAAUUUCGAUUUUUGGGUCCAGACAUUUGUAUGCUGAGCGCUGAUUAAAUAUAAUAUAAAUUUCACAUUGUCACAGACUAUUAACCUGUUGCAAUUGCCUUUUUCUUGACCAGUUACUCCAUAAUAAUCACGAUUGUAUUAGUAACUUACGUACUAUUACAAUAGUGAUUUUUAUGGAUUUAAGGUUAAUAGUCUGUCGGUGAUGAUGUGUAAUUUCUCAGUUCAGUUCUAAAUAGCAGGUCUGUGGGGUUCUCCAGCUCGAUAUUUACUCCUUAAAAUAUCAAACUGGAGAACCCAAAAAAAUUGGAUUAACACGGAAUAAGCAUUAAAAGUACAAUAUUUUAUAUUAACUUUGGUCUGGAGAUUUAAAUAAGAGGCCUUAAGAUCCUUCAAUCCUCUAAUAUUUUUGUUGAACACCAGACCUUUUAACGGAUUUGACUACAGUUUUAUUCAACGUUUAUUUGAUUUCUAAGCAUAUAUACAAUUUUGUGAUUUUUACAUUGCUUCUGAGUUCCUUAUGUUGGUUGACUUCAGCCGCACGUUGAUAGUAAAUUUUUGUUAGAUUGAUAGGAACAUAACGUAACAUAAGGCGGAUGAAUCAACAUUCUUUUAGAGCCAGCAGAUCUAUAUGUGUAAAAUAUAAUACAUACAAUCAGA